AAACGUCUCAAACUCCCUAAAACCCAUCAAGUGAAAAAGGGAAUACUUGCCCACUCUUCCUCCUCAUCCAUUCUUAUCUUUCCUUCUCUAUCUCUUUAGAGCUAGCACAUAACAUGUAUCUAUAUAUUACUAGCUAGCUAGGGAUAAGGGAGAGACAUAGAGACAUGGGUAGUUGCAGUUCUUGGAGUUGUAAUUAUUGGGUUUGGAAGGUAGUAUUAGUAGGAGUUUGCUGGCUUCUCUUGGUUGGGUUAAUGGUGCAAAGUAGUAGUGUAAGAGGAAGCACAAUUAGUACUAGUAGUAGUAGAAGAAGAGCAGUAUUAAUGGGUCGAACAAGUCCGAGGCAUGAUGAAGAGGUGGUGAGAGGGAAUAAAGGGAAGCAGAAGGAGCUUGUUUUUAAUCCAGAAUUGGAUCUCAAUUACAUGGUGAGGAAAAGAAGAGUUCCCAAUGGACCUGAUCCCAUUCAUAACAGGAAACUACCACCGGGACAAGCGUAGCAAUAUAUCGGAGAGGUUAAUGAGGAAGCCAACUAGUGCAAUGGAGGACACAUGGUCUGGCAUCUGCAUGUCUAAAGCAUGAUUAAUUAACCUCCUGAUUCAAUGAAAAUAUAUAUUUGAGAAUCUCACGAUGCAAGUCUCUUUUUACUUGCACAAAUGGGGGAGAAGAAGCUUGACAUGCACAAAAAAAAUGGCCUUAAAAGAUUCUGGAGAAAAAGGUAGCUAGCUAGACUGACUUUCCAAAAACUCAAAUCUACUGUGUACUGGUGUUUCAGUGUACAAGACUACUUUUUUUUUUGUUGUACAUUAAUGUAUUUUUAUUACGUGUUCAAUGUAUGUUUGUGAGAGAGAGCUGCUGAUUUGGAUUCAAUCUUUGUCUUUCAAGCAUAAAUUUAAUUAUAC